GUUCAAUCUGAUUCUGGAUAGUUCUCUCCAGGAAGGAUUUUCCAUGCCAAUCAACCUAUGGCUGAACCGGUCCAAUCGGCCGGUCCUGUCCAAUUUUCUAAGCCAUGUGUUUUUGCACUGAAGAAAGCAAAAGAAACAGGGGAAGCACUCCCCUUCCCUCCUCACGCUCACUGCCUCUCCUCCGAUGCUCCCUCUCGCCGCUGAUCCCGGCGGCCUUUUGCUGCCGUUUUGUCGGCUCCCAGGUCGGCGGGCGGUUGAUUUAGAUUCCAGGCUUGGGUUCUAGGGUUGAAAGCUUGGUUUGGCGGAUCUACGCCUUUGAAUCUUCGGGGCGGAUUCUGGACAAAGCGUCAGCUUCGGCGUGAACUCGGGUUCCUGAGGAGAAGAAUCUAGCUUAGACCGCGAAGGAGAAAAGGGUGUUCUUUUUUAACCUCGUGAGCGGAGGAGAGGACGGGAUCUGGAGCUUGCUAAGUAAUGUGAUUUUAGAAGCGUGGAUUCGUGAAGAUGGGAUUGGGUCCGGAUGCGGUUCAGGUGGAGGGGUGGGAGAAUGUUGGGAAGGAGAAGGGUAAGACGAAGAAGAAGAAGGGAAAGGAUGAGGAGGAGACCGGAUGCUGGAUAGGGUUUCGGUUCAGGGGGAUCUGCAUUUCCUCGAGACCCAAAGUGGAUGUUUCUAAUAGUAGCGCUAUCACUAACUGUGAAAGUAAAUCUACAAAUGAUGGUAGUAGUGGCCAGCCAGUUGUGCCUAUAGUCUCUGGUUCUACCACAACCAGCAAUGGAGAGAGUAGUUCCUUUACUUCUAGAGUUGGGGAGGAUCUUAAAAUUGCAUCGCAGUUGAGGAAGUUUACUUUUAAUGAACUUAAAUGCGCAACGAGAAACUUCAGACCGGAAAGCCUUCUUGGAGAAGGAGGUUUUGGUUGUGUCUUCAAGGGUUGGAUUGAAGAGAAUGGAACUGCCCCUGUUAAACCUGGUACAGGUCUCACUGUUGCUGUGAAGACACUGAAUCAUGAUGGGCACCAAGGGCACAAGGAGUGGUUGGCUGAAGUAAAUUUUCUUGGUGAACUUCUUCAUCCUAAUUUGGUUAAGUUGGUUGGCUAUUGCAUUGAAGAUGAUCAAAGGUUAUUGGUAUAUGAAUAUAUGCCUCGUGGAAGUUUGGAGAAUCACCUUUUUAGAAGAUCUCUACCUCUGCCAUGGUCCAUAAGAAUGAAAAUUGCACUUGGUGCCGCUAAGGGGCUAACUUUUCUUCACGAGGAAGCAGAAAGGCCUGUUAUAUAUCGCGAUUUUAAAACUUCUAAUAUUCUACUGGAUGCGGAUUAUGUUGCCAAACUUUCUGAUUUUGGGCUUGCUAAAGAUGGCCCAGAAGGGGAUAAGACCCAUGUGUCCACACGAGUGAUGGGGACUUAUGGAUAUGCUGCUCCUGAAUAUGUAAUGACAGGGCAUUUAACUUCAAAAAGUGAUGUAUAUAGCUUUGGUGUUGUCCUCCUUGAGGUGAUGACAGGCCGGAGGUCCAUGGACAAGAACCGCCCUAUAGGAGAGCACAACUUGGUCGAAUGGGCUCGGCCUUACCUUGGAGAACGGAGGAGGUUUUACCGGCUCAUAGAUUCUCGACUCGAGGGAAACUUCUCUAUUAAGGGAGCCCAGAAAGCUGCUCAUCUUGCUCAACGUUGCCUCAGCAGGGAUCCUAAAGUAAGGCCUCUCAUGAGUGAAGUAGUUGAAGCCUUGAAGCCCUUGAUUAACCUCAAGGACAUGGCGAGCUCCUCCCCUCUUUUCCAAAACAUGCAAGCCGAGCGUGCCACAUCUCAAAUUGACAGCCAAAAUGCAAGGAACGGCUUCAAAACACAUGGUUCUUUUGCAAGAAAUGGACACCUCGCUGCGAGGAGUCUUUCAAAUGGCUCUCAUGCUUCAUCACCAUCUCACCAAUCGGCCAAGCCCAAUAGCAAACAGGCAUGAUUUAGUCGAACAUUUAAUGCUUUUUCUCAGUGAUUUAAUGUUUUCUGUCUGGUCUUGAAGUGUUAUUGCCUGCUGUUCUCAUGUGGAUAUAACAUUUAGCAUUGAGAGUAUCCGCACUCGCUGCUCAUUUCAUGUGUUUUAAACAUCAGAGAAUGAUGUGCUUUCUUCUUUUAUUUUCUAGCUGAAGCAAUUAAUGCUGGUCUGCAUUGCAUUUUCAGAUUUAACCUGAUGCGCUUUUAUGCAUCUUUUUCA